UAUACCUGGCAAGAGCUAAAUUUGACCAUUUGGGAGCCCUGUUUUGAUCUACUGCUAACAAGAGCCUAUGUGGCACCCGAUAAGAAACUCUAUCAGAUAUCUCUCGACGAUCAAGAGCGGUUGGACCAUUCAAAGGUGUAUUCAUCGUUUACCACAUUCUCCCAUCUUCCAAGGAUUCACCAGACCUGUUACCAUGGCAACGUUUGAUGCAAAGGCGGUGGUCGAGCGAGGGCGGGCUGCAUUCAGAGCGGGGAAGACACGAUCUUACGAAGCGAGGAUCAAACAUCUUUCAGACUGCCAUCGCAUGAUCAAAGAGCAUCGGCAGGACUUUAUCGAUGCCAUUCACAAAGAUUUGAAAAAGCCAGCCUUUGAAUCUAAUGCAUAUGAGAUCAUGAUGGCAGAGAAAGACCUGGUUCAGUUCAUGAAUGAAUUAGAAGAUUGGAUCAAACCAGUCAAUGUGUCCACCAACCUGAUGACCGUGGGCAAGGUGGCCUACAACAUCUGGGAGCCCCUGGGCCUGUCCCUCAUCAUAGGAGCCUGGAACUACCCAUUCCAACUGGUCAUCGAGCCCCUCGUGGGCGCGAUGGUCGCGGGGAACACCGCUAUCAUCAAACCAUCGGAGCUCUCACCCGAAACGGCCCUUCUCUACGAGAGGCUUAUUCCACAGUACCUGGACAAUGACUGCUAUCAAGUUGUGAAUGGUGAUGCGAAGGUAACGACCGAGGUGCUGGCUCAGAAGUUUGAUCACAUUCUCUACACAGGAAGUGGUGUAGUAGGGAGGAUUGUGAUGACAGCUGCUGCAAAGCACCUAACACCGGUCACUCUGGAGCUUGGAGGAAAGAGUCCUGUGUACAUCGAUUCGAACACGGACAUCGAUACCUCUGUGCGUCGGGUCACAUGGGGACGCUACAUGAACUGCGGGCAGACCUGUGUCGCUCCGGAUUACAUCCUCUGUCACUCACGAGAUAAUGACAAGAUACUGAAAGCGUUCAGAGCGAACAUCAAAGAGUUCUUUGGGGAUGACCCACAGAAAAACCCUGCCUACGCUAGGAUCGUCAACCAAAGGCACUUCAAGAGAAUAUCAGAAAUAUUGGAAGGUCAGAAUGUCGUGAUCGGUGGUGAGACCGAUGAAUCGGAUCUGUACAUUGCCCCCACUGUUAUACUGAACCCAAGCGAAACUGCUAAAUGCAUGACGGAAGAGAUCUUUGGUCCUAUCAUAUCUAUUUUCAAUGUAGAUACACUAGACCAAGCCAUUGAUUUCAUUAACGACAGGGAUAAACCACUUGCGUUAUAUGCCUUCUCCAACAACCAGAAGACAUUAGAACGCAUUGCUCAUGAGACAUCGAGUGGAGCCUUCGUUGGAAACGAUGUAAUUAUACAUGCUGCAAUUGAGGAAAUGCCAUUUGGAGGAGUCGGUGGAUCAGGCCAAGGGGCGUACCACGGGAAGUUUUCCUUUGAGGUCUUCUCACACAAGAAACCAGUCCUCAUUGACAAGCACAUGUGGUUCACCGAGAAGGCACAGUCACUUCGUUAUCCCCCAUACACCCCUGGGAAGGCCUCCGUAGCAGAGUUCUUCCUGAAGAAGAGCCCAAAGAGGAAGGGGUUCUUCUACACCUUCCUCAGACUAACGCUCAUCGGCUUCCUACUCGCUGUUGUAUGCAAGGCCUUCGGUGUGGACAAGUACCUCCCCCAGGCUCUGAAGCAGUGAAUGAAACGGAUGAUCAGACGAUGGACCAAAUUUUUUAAAAACCAAAGAAAUCCAUUGGUUUAGGAUUAAUACUCCAUAUUCUAAAGUCACUAAUUGGAACCUAAUUCAAUGAUUGGUUGAGAGAGUGACCAGAGCCUCGUCUUACAUAGAAUUUCGAUUGAGUCAGUGAACCUCAGCUAUAUGGAAAUCAUCAUCAUAAUUUGUUCCUACAGGAAAUUUGCACAAUGUCCUUUGAAGAACUUGAAGAAAUUUCUUGGCCCCAACUUACAAAUAGUUACAAGUGGUCCCAUCAACAACAAGCGAAGGGCAACGCGAGUAAUCUUGAAACAAAGGCAACAGGAAAUGUCUUACACACAGCGCUUACAGACCCUUUCUUGGUUUACUCUCGAAUCCAGAAGGAAGUAUUUAAUGAUGUCAUUUGUAAUCAAAAACCUGUAUAACAUUGUAUUAUGUGAGGCAGUCAAUGACAAUAUAACUGUCCGAUCACGCCAGAGUGAACACACAAUCCUAUUCCACCACAUGAAAGCCAGAACCGAACGUUUGCAUCAAACUGCAAUACAUAGAUUUCCAAUUAUAUGGGAAAGUAUGCCCUCACAUAUCAAAGAUGAAAUUGUAUCUGGAAACAUCUCAAAAGUUCUGAACCUCCUUCGUCGUGAAAUUCUUUGUGUGUUUUUUUGAAUAAUUAGAUGUCUGAUUUAUAAUAUUUCUUUCUAUAAUGUUUAAUUUAUUAUUUUCCUCAUUGACCAAUUUCAACUAAAGAGCAAGUUUAUUCAUAAUUUAUACACUAAAUUUAAUCCGGCCUAUUUCAGCCUCAACAUCAUGUCAUUUGAUCUCUCUUAUAUGGUUUUAUCAAUUCUUAUUGUCCUAUAUCCCAUUAUUUAUGGUAGAUGCAAUAUUAUUUACAAUUUAAAUUUACGAUUGCUUUAAUGUUUGAUGCUUAUCAUUCUCAUGCUUGUAGAUACAUAAUGAUGUGAUUGGGGAGGCAUUGUGGGGGUUGACUUGAGGUGACAAAGUCACAUGAAUGACCAUUGUAUUUUGCCGAUUCUAAAUAUCUUAUUUUUAUUUUCACCAUUACUGUUAUGACCUGGAUGGGGUUGGGAGGUUUGGGGAGGAAGACCUGUGGGUUAUGGCUAUUAAGUUAGCCUUUUCCAUACCCAGGCAGCCUCUCCAACUCUCAUCCAGGUCUUAUUUUCUCUAUCAUGUACAAGUUUGAUUGAUCUUGUCUUUGAUCUGUUUGUAUUCUUUGUCUUUUGAAUGCCAAAUAAAAUAAUAAUAAUAAUAAUAACUAUGGAACGGGAAUUCCAAGUCAAAUGAAAAGAUGGUUUUAGACCAAAAAAAAGAGAAAUCAGAAAAGUAGAUUGGUGAAAGUUUGAAAAGCAUGGAAUUUCAUUACAUAGUGUAGUA